CCCUCACUCUUGCUAAACACUUGACGUAUCAGCUGUUCAUGCAAAAGAAGGAACGCACCCAAAUUCCUACUCCUUCUGGCUUCCUACAGGUGGAUAAGGCCAAGUGUGGCCAUCCAUCAGCAAAAUGUUCAGCACCCAUGAGUCCAAUCGUGAAGCAUUUCUCGAGGCAACCAGGGAAGCUAGAGAGGAGCGGGCCGCCGAACGAAGGCGCGAUGAAGCUGCUGUUGCUAUUCAGGCAGCUAUACGUGGCUGGCUUGUGCGUUGCAGUGUGGAAAAGAAAACAAGAGAGCAUUUUGAUGAGGUCUUUGGCACAGAACCACCGCCUGCUGACCAGACAAACACGCUCCCUAUUGCCACUGAAGCAUUCAAGGAAGCUGCGAGAUUUGUAAAGAUAUUUGAUCUUAAAAAGGACAAGAAAAGAUUUGAGAUUUUUACAAGGUACCUUUUGGCAAGCAUGGAUAGUGAAAAUGUGAAGCAAAGCUAUGUUUCAUGUGGGAUGAACAAAGAGCUUACCUUGCACUGGAUUCAGCACAUGAAGGAUGUUCUGCAUAUAACAUGUAAAGUGUUGGAGAGUUUACAGGCAGACGUGUCAUCAGAUAAUCGUUUGAUAUCACUCUACCUGCACCUUCUCCUUGCCUUCACUGCCACCAACACUUGGCGAAUUAUUCGUGCACCCAACCUUGAACCACUACGACCAGCUCUCAAUAAACUGACUGAAAAUAUAAUGGGGGAUUUGGUGUGCAGAGGCCUUUACACAACCCUCAAUUGUGUACUUGUACGCGGAUUAUGCAGAGGAAAAGCAGCACUGAGGGGUCCAGCCAUUACUACUAUUGUGACUCUAUCCAUGCGGCCUUUGAUAGCUACCAACUAUUCAGACAAACUACUCUCACUUACUACCAUUCACAUACUGAGUGUCCCUGCCUUGGUUCACCAUCUAGUUCACCUGGCACCUGAGGCUCUGAAGAUGAUCCAGAAUAGUAACUUGUUUGAGAGAGCUGUUGAAUUCAUGCAAAGUGAGCAGAAUCUGCGAAUCGUAUUCAACACAUUGGAGGGCCCCUAUGCCUUGUGUCUUUUGGCCAACCUUGUGCAUAUGGGUUAUGAAGAGAGAGAUGGUGCCUUAAAAGAAUUGGCUUUCCCGCAAUUCAAUUUUGUAGUAACAAAGCUGUUAGAAAAAUGCAGAGAAUAUGUGACAACAAAACAGAGCAGUCUGACACAGUGGCACCCGGUGCUUGGUUGGUUCUCCCGCCCCCUUGAUCAACAUCUGAAUGAUGCACUGUCCACUGUCAAAACACAGUUGCAGCUCCUGUGGUCUGGCCCCGUCAUCAGAGUUAUGUUCUCUACGCUCACAGAAUUAGUCAAAGACCAGGAACCCUUAAUAAGUGACACCAAUGAUAUCUCGGGGCUUUCCUUGACUUCCACCACCUCGUCUUUGAGCUCCAUAACCUCAGCAAGUCUCCUGAAGAAAGCUUUUGAAUGCAAACUUAGCUCCUCAAGCAAAAACAGCCCCCUGGGUAGUGGAGGAAUGCCCAAAAGUGGGACUUACCGCAAGCUGGGCUCUAAUGAGAUCUCGACAGUUGCCAUGGUGUGCUCCAUGUACCAUACUGCAACCACUACUCUGUCUCAGUUGCGCAUGGAUAUCCUAACAGGUUUAUGCUACAAGAGUGACAUUGUCAUCCAACUGUGGAUGAUAUUGCUCUCUCUUGGUCCUACUUGUGGAUUAAAGAGCUUCUUGGAUCUGCUGUCUGUAUCAACCAAAGCAUCUGCCCCAGAAUUCCAUAUGCUCAUGCUUUUCUGUGACUCAACCACCCACCUAGUGACGAUCUUGGAUGACAUGGAGAUGUACGAGAAGCAGAAACCCUUCAGUGUUGCUGAUUAUGCUGCAAUGGCAUAUUUUCUCAACAACUUCAUAUAUAAAUUGAUCCACAAUGGCCUCGUGGAUGUUCGGAACGUGAAGAACAGUCCCCUGUUCUCUUCCCUCCACACCUUGUUCAUGCUGCUGUACACUCGCAAUUCACGCAGAAGAUAUGUCCCAAACACACACUGGUUGAUUAAGGAGGUGCGCGUGUCAUCGUUCAUGGCAGACUUUGGACGGGGGAAAAAAAGCACGCAGGUAUUACUGCAAGAGAUGCCACACAUAAUUCCUCAUGAAGAACGUGUGCUCUUAUUGCGAAUGCAAGUUGCAAAUGAAAAGGAGGUACUGGGACUAACUGAAGCGGCAUGCGCAGCUCCACAGUCAACCCUCAUUACAGUACGAAGGUCUCGUCUUGUUGAGGAUGGGUACAGACAAUUGGCUUCGCUGUCACCUCAAGCCCUAAAGGGGUUGAUACGAGUCCGCUUCAUCAAUGAGCAGGGCUUAGAUGAGGCGGGAAUUGAUCAGGAUGGUGUGUUCAAAGAAUUUCUGGAGGAGACUCUGAAGAGGGUGUUUGAUCCUUCACUCAACUUGUUCCGUCUGACAAGUGAGGAACGGCUGUACCCAUCCCCAACAUCUUCAAUGACAGAAAAUCAUCUGCAGUUGUUUGAAUUCACAGGCAAGAUGUUGGGCAAGGCUGUAUACGAGGGCAUUGUCAUUGACUGUCCAUUUGCAUCAUUUUUCAUGAGCCAAAUCCUAGGUGAACAGCAGUCUGCCUUGUACUCCUCCAUCGAUGAACUGCCAUCACUAGACCCCGAGCUUUAUAAGUCACUGACCUAUAUAAAGCACUAUGAAGGCGAUGUGAGCGACCUUGACCUCACCUUUUCCUAUGACGAGGACUACCUGGGUCAGAUUAUCACUCACGAACUUCGACCAGGGGGUAAAGCAGUGUCAGUGACCAAUGACAACAAAAUUGUCUACAUCCACCUCAUGGCUCACUUCAAGAUGCACACCCAGAUCAAGGAGCAAACCAAGGCCUUCAUACGGGGAUUCCGGUCCAUUGUCAACCCUGAGUGGUUUGGGCUAUUUUCCGUGCCAGAGUUCCAGCGAUUAAUUUCGGGAGACAAUGUGGCUGUAGAUCUGAAGGACCUUCGACGUCACACGCAGUACUAUGGCGGCUUCCAUGACAAGCACCGAGUUGUGUGCUGGCUGUGGGACAUCUUGGAGCAGGACUUCAAGGAGGAGGAGAGAGCACUUUUUCUCAAGUUUGUGACCAGCUGCUCAAAGCCUCCACUCCUUGGGUUCACACACCUGGAGCCGCCCUUCUCAAUCCGCUGUGUGGAGGUUGGUGAUGAUGAGGAUACAGGGGAUACCAUUGGCAGUGUCAUCCGUGGCUUCUUCGCCAUUCGCAAACGCGAUCCGGUAAAUCGCCUGCCAACUUCCUCAACCUGCUUUAACCUGUUGAAGUUACCCAACUACCAGCGUAAAAGUACACUGAGAGAAAAGUUGAGAUAUGCCAUUACUAGCAACACUGGUUUUGAACUCUCGUAAAAAAUCAUUGUGCUAAAAAGGGAAAGUUCAAAUUAAAUUUUAGUGCAGUGUAUGCAUAUAGCAGCCUGCAUAAUUUUCUUACAUGAUAAAAGAUACAUUUCUUGUGUUUGUUGAUUGAAAGGAAGACACUUGUGAGAAAUCACAUGAUGCUAUUGACUUAAAAGCAGUGUAUUAGUACUUCUUUCCAUCAAUGUUUUAUUUAUUGAAUAUUUUUCUUCUCAUUUAAAUACUGGUGAAAGAUCAGUGUAUAAUAUAACUACUUUGUUAUCUUUAUAAAAUCUUACUUUCUUUUCACAGAUUGGUUAGUUUCUUUAUUUCUUUGUUUUUAUUGCCAGUGUUUAUGGCAAGUUAAAAAUAUCUGAAAAGAAUCCGAAAAGAUUCUGAAUUGUGUCCAAAAGAUAGAUAUUGCAGUCAUAGUUUGUAGGAGGGGAAAAAAUAUGUGUCAUUGUGUAGCUAGAUAAUGCACUCUGUGAGGAUUAGGUCCUUGAGAGAAACAGAUGAAUAUUUUUCCAAGUCUACUGUAAGUAGAAUGUAUAUUGUUGUAUAGAAAUAUUGAGGAGGCUUUGAUUUCAGUGAGGCUUUUAUGUAUGCCUUUGUCAUUGACCUGUGUUAUUGGUUUAAUUUUAAAUCUUUUAGAAGAUUUUGUUUGAAGAAGCAAAUAUCUAUAAACAUUCCUUUUUAUUUUACUCUAUUUUACUGGUCUUGAAUAAUAUAUAUAUAGCCUGUUGUAAAUAGUUGAGACUGACGAGAAUCCUCUUCUUGUGUUUCUUUAGCUCCUUGCAUAUUUUCCAAAGGUAUGAAAGAGGCUAUUAGAGGCUGUACUUGCAUCCACUGUUUCUUCAACACUGGUAUUUCUUAUCCUUCUUUCCCUUUAAGUAGGUUAAUGAUACUUAGAUGGAUUUUUUGCUUGGUAAAUAUUGGAGCUGUUACCAUCCUUAUUGCUAAGUGUUAUGGUUUGGAUUUCCAGCGUCAGCUUGAUGUGCAUAUAUGGUAUUGUCAUCUGUGAUAUUAUACCAGGUUCAAUGGGCCUGCUUAUUCAGACGUAGCACUCUGGUCAGUUGAUGUCAUCUGCAUAUUAUUAAUAAGCAUGUAUGUUAGUUUAUCCUAUCCCUCCCUCAUUCAUGGUGGAAAAGGAAAAUUUUAGUGCCAAUGAGAUGGGUCACUCCUAUGAUAAGGUUGAUGUGACCAUUAUAUCAUUAAAAAUUUAGCAUGAGAGGUAGAUGAUGUGAUCAUGCUGUUAUGGGAAAAUUUGGCUGUGGCCCACAGUGACAUGAACUUGCCAUCACAAGAAUUUUUGCUGGAGUCAGGGGUGACGGAAAUGACUCGCCCCAAGUGCACAAAGCUCUUGGGGGGUGAUUAGACUCAUUUGGCAUUUAGGAAGGGUUUUUUUUUUUUUUUUUCAUUACUUCCAAUGACAAGCAAGUGCAGAAUGUACUGUCUGUGAACCACGAUUGGAAGAGCGCCAUCUCCAGGAUUGAGAAACCUGAAUAUUAUUAUUUUUUUAAUGUUACAUAUUGUUACUUUUGCACAGAGUUAUGCACUACCUAGAGAGAUGGUAUGGAGUCUGUGCAAGGAAAACAGUCUAUUACCAUCUGGAUAAAGCAUAUCCAAUGACAAAUAUAGACAUUGGAAAAUGGCAAAAAAGAAAAAAUGCCUGUGCAGAAAAAGAGAAAAUAACAUUGUAAAGGGGAGGCAUGGAGUCUUGUCACCACGCAAUUGUUCAUGUGCAUGCAGCCAGCCUACAAGCCACACAUCCAUCAGUGGCCACUAAAGUAAGCCUAAUGCCUGUAUUUUGAGCCAUGUGAUGGCAGGGAAACAUCUGGAUCCAUUGGGUUAAAUUUCACAAGCUGUAGAUGCUCGUGUUGAUGUGCAUAUCUCAACUGACUGAAAUGUAUCCUCAGAAUACUGACAUGAUGCCCACUAGAGUAGAAAGUAGAUGGGGGUUGCUUGCUCUGAUGCAACAAUUACUAUUAUCAUUAUGAUGUUUUUAAAUAUAUAUAUUCAUUGUGAUUGUAAUAACCUAUUUAUUGAAAUUCUUAUUACUUUUUUUAGGGGAAUGACUCAGUGCAGGUAAUACAAGAUAGAAAAGAAAUUGUGUACGAUGAGAUUUUGAAUGAAUUUCUGCAGCUAAACAUGCAACUUUCCUUGUAGAUUGAAUGAUAAUAGUAUAAUGUAAUGUUACGUACCAUAAUAUCUUUUUUUUGCUCUCUAGGUUUAUUUUUUAUUUUAUUUUUUUUUUAUUUAUUUAUUUUAUUUUAUUUUUUUUAUCACAUUUAUAUAAACUAUUUUUUUAAAUAUAAAAACACUUUCUGCAUUUGUCUGUUAUUGUCUUUGGAACAACAGAUAAUUUUAUUCUUCAUAUGCAUGAAUCAUAAUUGUUUUUGUUUGAAAAAAAGAUAAUACAAAUAUAUAACAUGCACUUUGUUUUAGUAAUAAGGGCAGAUAUGAGUCAAAGCUUAAGAGUCAGAUAUUGUGGCUAAAAAUGUGUUCAGAGCAUAGUAUUGAUUUUUAGACAUCAAUUAAAUAUUUUGCAUGUAUUGUAUUUUUUGUGUGUAACACUUUUUAGAAAUCUCCAAGUAACAUAAUCUCCAAUUAAUAUUGGUUUAAAAUACCAUUUUCUUAAUGUUUAGAUAUGUAAAUGCUCUCAUUUAUCUCUUUUUCUUAUUUCAUGAAAGAAUUAAAGAUAAUUUUAAUCUAAAAUAAAUAAUACUCCCAUGACCCUUCCUGUAAAGCUAAUUUACAUAAUUUUUAUAUAUAGUUAACCCUAAUGUUGCUUAGAUGGCAAGAAUACAUGCCAUGUCUGUUAUGUCAUUUUGUUUACUGAUUGUCUUUACACUUAGAUGGCUGCACAAGUGCUUAACCUGUUUUAUACGGUGCCACCAACGCCAGCAUCACGAAGCGCCAAUUGAACAUACAGUGACGCCAGCAUUGGCGUCUUAAUUCCAUUUGAUUUUAGUUGUUGCAGAGUGAUCACGUAUUCAGCACUAGAUCUAUUUUUUGAAUCUGUAUUCUGUGUGUGUUUGGGGGGGUGAAAGCGAGAGAGAGAGAGGCAGAUACUGUAUUAGAUAAAGAGAAAUUCAGUACAACACAAAUAAAUUUACUGCUCACUGGUGAGAGACCCAUACACAAGCAACGUGCACUUCUGAAACCAAGAGAUAGAACGGGUUAAUCAUCAAGGAGUCAGUUACUAGUACUACGUAGCUAAACUUUUACCCUUUCUCUUGAUAUUUGGAAACAUGUAUUUCUUAUUGCUAUUAGUAUUGUUACUAACCUAAUAAUCUUACCCCCCUAUCCCUUGUCUGUUAUUUUCCUGGAGGGCUUACGAGACAGAGCCUGGGACCCAAUGCUGGGGUUUACCCCUACCUUGGGCCUUAGCCCUCGCUACUCAACUAAUUUUGAUUGGUCUUUUCUUCUGCCCUUUCCAUUUCCUUCUCUUCUCCAACCCCUUAUACUAUCCGCUUCAUAAGGUGAGAGCCAUGUUGAGAGGCUGAAAAGGCUGACUUUGUGACUGUCAUAAAUGACCUGGGAGAGCCAUAGGCACAGGAUUCCCAUCAUCCCAUCUUGCCACACUUCCAUCAGCAGGGGUGGACUGUUUCUCUUCCCAAAAUACUCCAGGCUUACCAUGACCAGUAAUAAAGAUUUUGUACCCCUUUUAGAGGAAAUGAGCCUUACUCCUUUGUCAACCAGCCCCAGUGACUUCCAGCUUCCUCACCCCAGGCUCUCCUUUGACCAUGACUUUGAAUACUGCUAUUACUACCUUCUCCUCAUUUAUCUACUAACACCUCAGCCUUGACCAAAUUAUCCACCCAGGUCAUUACAUGACCUCCAGAAAACAUUCCUCCUCCCUCAACAUCUUAUACUUCAUCUCCACCCCAACAGCUUUCUUCAUCUCCAACCACUUCUCCCUCAUUGCUACUCUUCAGCCUUAUUGUCCACCUCUCCAUAGUACUACCUCUCUUAGUACUUCCCUCACCUCUACAAACCGACUGCUACCUCUUUGCCCUUUUCAAUACCAUACUAUCCUGAACUGUGCUAUGACUUUUGACAUGUAGCAGAUUUAAUAAUGAACUAACCUCCCUCUUUACAGGUCUCACUACUACACCUUUCUAUAGUGCUAUAUGACCUUUAGUGUCUAGCACAUUUAUUUUGUUUUGCAACCAUUAUUCAUUAACUGUUAUAAUCAUGAUAUGAUCAACAACAGUAACAACACUGGUAUUAAUAGCAUAAGAAAAAUAUUUUUCCCAAAAACUCCAUGAGAGGAGAAAUCAGCUUGAGGACAUGUAGUCUUAUUAGUUAGCUCCUUGGUGGCUGAACACUUGUGGAGCCAUCAAUAUGGAAACAAAACUCAAAAGAAAAAGUACACAAUUUGAUUACUCGACACCAUAGGAUUAAAAAGGAAAGGUUAUUUUUUUCCAUAAGGUGUCAUCUUUGCUGAAAAUUUCUCACAAAAAGAUACAAAUAUUCACUUAGCUGAAAUAGCAUGCAUUGUUCAUAAAAUACUGUUGGCAUGAUGGGUAAGUAGGGCCAGAAUUCCAGCACAGAUUAUAUAGCAACAUUUGAGGAGGUAUAGGAAGGAACAUCGUCUGCACUUUUGCCAUCUGUCCACUUGCUGUGCUUGUGUGUAAGGGUUAGGUCACUUUUUGACCUUUUUUGAUUUUAUUUAUUUAUUUAUUCUACUUUUUAUUGAUUGUUUUUUGACAAUUAGAUGUCUUACUUUAUUAAUACAUUUGGAGUGGAUGUCAUUUGUUAUUUAUUUGCAGUAUAUCUAUGAUUUAAUGUUACAUGUCCAGGCUGUCAAUGCUUGAUUUUGUAUUAGUGAGAAUAGCUAAUUAGUUUUUACCUUCAUUAUAUAAACUGAAUACUGAUAUUUAAUAUUAAUGGCUGCCACUUGGGAUAUAUAAUGCUGAACAGGUGUGAGGAACAUCUUUAUCCCAUUUUUGUCCUGUAAUUUAUUUUAAUUUGGCCAUUUUCUGUAUAUGGUUUCAUCUUCACUAACAUUCUGGGAUGCACAUCCAUUACCUGCAAUUCAUCUAAUUCCUCGAAGAAUUACUUGUCCAUUCACUAUGAGGCAUUGAAUUGUUUUGUAUUCAGUUGUUUUGUAUAUUGCAUUUUGAAGAAGAUACCCAGAGAUGUUUAGUAAGCCAAGUUAAUGUUGCUUAUGUGUUAAUAUUUGCAUGUUACAAUUUGUGUGCAUUGGCCAGGUUUUAUAAUAUUGCUAGUUUAUGACAAUGUUGUUUGCAUAUUUUGGUUACUUUCAUUAAUGUAGUUGGGCCUCAUAUUCAAGUGCAUUAUAAAAGAGAAUGCACUUAGCAUAUUACUCAUUAUUUUUUUAGAUAUUGGUUGCAGUCAGUACCCUCUUAACAAGUGCCUGAAAAUAUAAUUGGUGCCUCCUGUAAAAAUUUAUAACAGUAUCAUUUAAGGUCCUUAAAUUGUUUGGUCUCUUGGCCUCAACAUAUAGAAGACAUUUACCAAUAAUUUUAAACUUACAUAUAUAUAUGUAUGUAUGUAUGUAUGCUUCAUUACAUAUUCUUCCCACACUUAUGUUAGAGAAAGGAAUUUUCUGUCAGCUCUAACAGUGGAAUAUCAAUUAUUUUAUCCAUGUUAUUUUACAGUAUUGUCAGUUUCCCAUUAAAACCAUAUCCUUCAGAGUAGUGUUCCUGUUAGGCAUUAUCAAUAUGAAAGGCCUGUUUCUUUAUGUAAGUUGAGAAAUGAUAAAUAAAUAAAAUGUAUCAGGGUUAUUAUGGCAGUGCAUCCACAAUACACAGAUUGUAAAUUAUAAUGUAUAUAGAUAUACUAAUGUAAAUGAUGAAUGGCUAUUGGAAGUUUGUCAGUGCAGCCAAGAAUGUACAUACUGUAAAUAUGGUAGUGUUAUACAAAUAUAUUGUGUAUACACA